UUAGCCAAUGCACAUCCGUCUGACCGCACUCCAUCAGCUGCUGCGACGGGCUUGGACGUCACAGAUUCCCCCCCUCCCUUCCUUACCUUCCCCUUCUCGUUUUUUUUUUUCUUUUUUGUUCCAUCAGAGCUCUCCUCCUGCUCUCCCUCUUUCUUCGCCGCCCACUCCUCCCCAGCCGCCGACCACUCGCCGCCGCCUCGCCGGCUUCUUCGCAUCAUUCCAUCGCUCGCUGCGCUUUUUUUUUUUAUUAUUCAUUUCGGGACCAUUAGAAUUUCAUCAUGGCAAGCACCGAGGACAAAGCGGCCACUAAGGAGAACGAGGCGUCCAGCUGGAAGGACUCGUUCUACAACCCGCGGACCGGGGAGCUGCUGGGGCGCACGGCCAGCAGUUGGGCCCUCAUCCUGCUCUUCUACCUGGUGUUCUACUGUUUCUUGGCCGGCAUGUUCGCUCUGACCAUGUGGGUGAUGCUGCUCACGCUCGACGACUAUGUGCCGAGGUACAGAGACCGUGUCCUUCACCCAGGCUUGGUGAUUCGUCCUAAUACUUUGGAUAUCUGGUUCAACAAGUCCAAUCCGGAGAAGUAUUUACACUUCACACGUCAUCUGGACUCUUUCCUGCAAAGUUAUGACGAUGCCGAGCAAGAGAAGAAUGAGGAGUGUCGUAGUGGAGUGUAUUUUACACAAGACAACAGCAGUGAAAUGACAAAGAAAGCUUGUCGGUUCAAGAGGAGCUCCCUGAGUUUCUGCUCUGGCCUGUCCGACGUCAACUUUGGAUAUUCUGAUGGGAGGCCCUGUGUGCUGUUGAAGAUGAACAGGAUCAUUGGCCUGAAGCCUCGUGGAAAUCCUUAUAUCAACUGCACAGUAAAAAGAGAUCAUUCAAUUCAGAUACAGUACUUUCCCAGUGAUGGCCAUUUCGAUAAGAUGUAUUUCCCCUACUAUGGAAAGAAAGCCCAUGAGCGCUACGUGCAGCCGCUGGUUGCUGCCAAGCUGCUAUUGAACAAGGUGGACUACAACAAAGAACUGGCUGUGGAAUGCAGGGUAGAGGGUACUGAUCUGCGCAACGACGAUGAAAGGGAUAAGUUCCUGGGCCGUGUCACCUUCAGGAUCAAGGUGGUCGAGUAAAGAGAUCUGGACAAGAAAUCAGUGCUGAGGCUGCCCACGUUACUACGGAUUUAUUUAAGAAACACACACAAAGAAGGAGGUGUCAAAUACGUCACAAAGACUACAUUUGGGAUGUAACUCAGUGGCGAAAUGGCUUUGUUCUAAUUAGUUUGGUUCCAGUAGGCGGUGCCUGUUAGAUACCGAAUGAUGCUUUGACGACGUUUCUGACCCUUCUUUUUUUCCAUGAUUUGACCUCCUGAAAAAUCAUCACAGAACACCAGGCUCAGCUCCUGACCAAUGACUCCAUCUGCCCAUAAAUUAUGUCACACCUAUCAUUCCUCACUCUGUUUUUGUUUGUUGAUUUUUAAAUAUUGAUCUGAUUAGAUACUUUAUAGCCAUUACGAGCAAGCCAUUUGGAGUUGUUAUUGCAGAUGCAGUUUUUUUUCUUUCGUUCUUUCUUUUUAAGCCUUCAGACCUUGAAGAAGAGAAAAUCAUUUUCACCGCUAUACAACGACUGCUGGCCUUGGAAAGAUUUUUAUCUCAUUGUAUAGUAUAUAAAUGAAAAAACAGAACAUUUACAACACAUUUCCAGAAUACUGACCAUCACAAAGACUUGAUAGGAAAUGUAUGUUGAUAACCAAGUAUAGUCACUGUAUCCCUGUAUAUGAAAUAUGCCCACUACAAAGUUCCUUUCUACAUAUAAAUACAUUGUGAUCCUGACCAUAUUUAGGGAAUUAUAGCUAGAUCUGUGUGUUGUGGUCUGCUUACCCACAGCCCAAGUAUUGUGCUGUCUGUCUGACCGUCUGUCUGCAUGUCCGUCUGUCUGUCUGCCCGUCUUCCUGUUUACUGUCUCACCUAUCCACUGCAAUAGCCGACAUGCGGGUGAGGCCUCCAGGGCAACGUAGUGGUCUCCCUCCACCUCGGGGGUACCAUGUAUUGGGGUGCUGUGUAUCGGCGGUGGCUGCGGCGACACACGCACAGAAGGUAAAGUGUAAAUUUGCUUUUAGGCAGAGAGGUGCUGGAAAGCGUUGAACAAAAAAAUAAUAAAUACUAACUGUAACUAUGUACUGUAUAUCUCUAUGUGCUCUGUAUAACUAUCUGGGUCUCAAAGAUUGUUUUCUCUCUUCUUCAGCCUGUUGAUCUGAUUGUCUGCCAGUCUAUUACUCUUCAGUGUAUAUAUAUACAGUAUAUAUACACUAUCUACCACAUUUAACUAAUUCACACUGUAUUUUUGUCACAAAACACAAUGUCUGUGCACUGUAAAGAAAUAAUUUAAGCAAAGAUUUACAUUAAAUAAUCUUAUUCAGAAAGUAUGUUUACACAGUCUUAAAAGGAACCCGUGUUUAAAGAACAACUUGUAACAUCUCUUCAGGGUGCCUUAAGACCUGAUCAAAUAAAUUGUGGAAUAAAAGUGAUUUUGAAAGAAAAAAUGAAAUUUAGA